AGAGGAGAAAAAGGAAGUGAUACAAGAAAAAGUGAGAGUUUAGAGGGAAAUACGAGCAGCAGGAGUUUCUGUCAUGGAUGCUUCUUCAGAUGAGAUUGAUACUGAUAAGAGCCUCUUCCAUCAAUUAUUGACCUCCGAAACCAGAGAUUUUCUCGUUUCUCCCUCCGGAGACCAGGUCAAAGUUGAUGAAUUGGAUGGAAAAACUAUUGGGUUGUAUUUCUCUGCAAACUGGUACUCUCAGUGUCAGAGUUUCACCCCAGUUUUGGCCAAUAUCUACAACCAGCUGAAGGAGCAGGGAGCCAGGUUUGAGAUUGUGUUUGUGUCAUCUGAUGAAGAUCAGUGCGCCUUCAACAAGUUCCAUGGAACCAUGCCUUGGCUUGCCAUACCGUUUUCUGAUCUAAAUUCUAAAAAGAACCUGACUCAAAAGUUUCAGGUUGAGGGUAUCCCCUGCCUGAUCAUAAUUGACAUCUGUGGCAAACCAAUCCAGACUGAAGGAGUUGAGCUCAUCUACCGAUAUGGGGUCCAGGCUUUUCCUUUUACUCAAGAGAGGAUUGCAGAGUUGGAAGCUGAAGAGGAAGCAGAUCGUGCAUCUCAAACUCUGGAGAAGCUGCUUUCAACCCAGACUAGAGGCCAUGUGAUUAAACAAAAAGAACAGGUACCUGUUUCUACUUUGGUAGGGAAAACAGUUGGGUUGUACUUCUCGGCUUUAGCAUGUCUUCCCUGUGAAAAAUUCACAUCAAAAUUAGUCUCUGUGUAUGAAAAUCUUAAAGAAAAGAAAGAGGCGUUUGAGAUAGUGUUCAUCUCUACUGAUCAAGAUGAAUCAGGGUACUCAGGAUUCUAUCAAUCCAUGCCAUGGCAUGCUUUGCCUUAUGGAGAUGAGACUGCCAAAGUGUUAUUGAAGUACUUUAAUGUAAAAGGAAUUCCCUCCCUGAUCAUCAUUGGUCCUGAUGGGAAGACAGUCACAAGAGAAGGAAGGUACCUGAUUAAUUUGCACAAGGAGAUGGCAUACCCAUUUACUGUGAUGCACCUAUCAUUACUCCAAGAAAGAUUGGACGAGGAAUCUAAAAGCUACCCAAGAUCUUUCUUUCACGCGGGUCACCACCAUAUGUUGAAUGCGGUCUAUUCAAGCUCUGGAGGAGGCCCUUUCAUUUGCUGUGAGUGUGAUGAGCAGGGCUUUGGGUGUGCAUACCAGUGCAUUGAGUGUGGGUUUGAGGUCCACCUCAAGUGUGUUCGGGAGACUUGCAAAGACAACCUAGAGAAGGAACAUGUAAGGACUAUUGAUCAUUCCCGUCCUUGUAGCAAUGGAUUCUAAGGAUUCUCCAACUUCAGGGGCUUCUUAGAGGUGAAUAACUGAUGUAUGUACAGAGUGUUAAUACAUCCAAAGAAUGAAGAACAUGUCUAAGGUGGGAGCUAUGUGUAAUGGGAUCAUCUUCAGAAUGGUGAGUCCCAUUAAAGUAUAGGAUUAGGAAACAAUGGCUGUGGAACAAGGUAAUUUUGUCUGAACUUGCUUAUCUGAUGUACUACUACAUGGUGUAGCUUUAAUGGUUAGACAAACUUGAUUAGAACUUGUUCAGACAAUGUAUGAUCUUUACCAAAUUCUCUUGUCUGGUUACUAAUACUAUAUUGAGACAUAAUGCCUAUCCA